UUAUGCGAAUGGUUGAAAAAAAUGUGGUUUCAUGGACCUCCAUGGUUAGUGCAUAUGCUAAACAUGGACUCGUUGAAUGCGCUGAGAGAACUUUUAACCGGAUGUCUUUCUAAACAUGCCGGAGAAAAAUAUUGUUUCAUGGAAUACUGUAAUGAAUGCCCUUGCAUUGCAUGGUUAUGGAUAUAGAGCAAUUGAACUUUUUCAAGAGAUGGAGGCUGGUGGGAUUCGGCCAGAUGCAGUAACCUUUAGCGCCUUACUUUCUGCUUGUUGUCAUUGUGGUCUUGUUGAAAUUGGACGAUAUUUCUUUGGUAAAAUGGGUCGUAUGUAUAACAUACCAUAUGAUGUUGAGCAUUAUGCUUGUAUGAUUGAUAUUCUUGGUCGUGGAGGGUUGUUCAAAGAGGCACUUGCACUGGUUGGGAAAAUGGAUAUGAAGCCAGACAUAGUUAUCUGGGGUACUUUGCUUGGUGCAUGUAGAACUCACCGAAACAUCUCAAUUGCAAAGCUGGUCUUGAAGCAACUAUUAGAGUUGGAACCAUAUGCCGGGGGCUUGUUCGUACUUAUGUCAAACAUAUUCUGUGAAGCUCAACAGUGGGAUGAAAUGAAGAAGAUGAGGAAACUAAUGAAGGACCAUGGUGUCAGAAAGAGUGAUGCAGUUAGCUCCAUUAAAGUUGGUGGCCACGUUUCUGAGUUUAUGGUCGACGAUAACAAACAUGAAUCUUCGAAUCUUAUCUACACAAUACUCAAUCAAAUGAAAGAUCACUUAAAGUCUGAAAGUGAUGUAUAUGGUCUAAGAGGCGACUUUUUAGAUGCUGUGGAAAUCUAGAGCUAAGAAUUAAAGGCAUUCAUCCUUGCCUAGUAUGGUUGUGACUCUUUAGCAAAAGAACCUAAGAUCCAUCAAAGACUUUCACAUUGG